CCUUCUCCAAACAAAACAAUCCCACAUUCAAACAACAAAUACAAAAAAAGAGAGAGAAAACAAUUUAAAAGUUUCUUUUUUCAAGUCCUUUGGGCAUUUUUGCCCUCAUAUCAAAUAUCUUUUCUUGAUUUCCUCUUUUCUUUGUUCUUCGUAGAUGCAUGCUUUUAUUUGCAUGCAUAUAUACAAAAAAGAAAUAGUUGAGGAAGAUAUUAAUGGGGAAUGCAGUUAGAAGGAGAUAGAAGAAGCUUAUUCCUUUUUCAUAUCCUUAAUUUUCUGCAUGGCAUAAGAAUCUAGCUGGAAAGGCAAAGGAAUCAGUUCUUCCCAUUGGUGUGGUCCUUCUAUCUGUGUUCUGUUUCAAUUCUAAGCAGAGUACUUCUGAUUAUUUGGGACUUUACAGUCUAUAACAUGGCAACCAAAGUGAAGGGGAUUUACAAAUUUAUCACCAGUAUUUUUGUUGUUAAGGAGAGGGAGUUGGAGAUUGGAUGUCCAACUGAUGUUAAGCAUGUAGCACAUAUUGGUUGGGAAGGUCCCUCUGGAGGUGCACCUACUUGGAUGAAAGCAUUCAAGUCAGGGCCUGAAUUUGCAGUAACUUCUAUUAGUAACUCUGGUUCUGCUAUUUCUCCAUGGUCAUCUCAAGGUUGUGGAGAGUCGGCGAGGCAACUAACAACAGCUAACAUGUACAAAGACAUGACAACUUCAGAUGUUCCUAGUCCUCCUAUAAAACAUAAACGGAGGAAGCCUAAGUCGACAUACUCUCCAAAGUCUAGCUCACCAUCCACGUUGAGAUCAUCGCGAGCAACUAAACGCAAGGCUAAAUCUGUUGAAGGAAAUCACAAACCAGCAGCCCUAGAAGUUUCUUAAUGUUACAAGCAGGAAAAUUGCAGUUCAAAAGCACAAAAAAACGCAGACAUUGCAUAUAUCAUAGUUGUUGAAAAUCCUCAGGAUGUUGAAUCAUAUUAAGGUAUUUGAAGAGAAAGGCAAGGAGUGGGAGUAGAAAGUUAUGUAAAUGUAGAGGGGCUAGAGAGAUGGCAAACACAAAAGUAAAAUCUAAUUGUACUCAAACUUGGUGUUUUGGGAAAAUUAAACUAGAAUUUGUGUUGAUUUUUUUAUUCACUUUUUCCUUUGUUUUAUCUAUUUCCUUAUUAUUGGGACUACAAUGAGCUAGGAAGGAUGUUGUAAGGAGUUUGGAUCAUAUAGUUGUGCUGGCUGGAAUAUUGUGCCAAUGCUAAUUAUUUGAUUCAAACAAACACCAUAGUGUCUUUAAUAAUUAUUUAGCAGUACAUUAA